CGCCUUCUGCCAGUGAACGGCUGGCACGCUUCAGUGGAGCUCCGUAGCAUCAUCAACAGCGCACGGUCCCCACCACUCAGCGUCCAGGGUGGGGAAGCGGCUCAAAUAGUGGGGCGCUCUUUCAGGGACAGCUACAGAAGCACGGACUCCAUCACGUACACGUUGUGUCUCCUCCCGGCGUCAUCGCAUUGCAUCUGAUCCGGCUUCUACCUCCAUCACCAACUCUACCGACAUCUUUAAGCGCAUCCAUAACGCCCGCCAUGACAGACCUAAAACCCGUUGCCGACCCCUCCCCGAGAUGGGUAACCGACCUUACCAACCCACCGCCUCACAAGUCCAAGCCGGCCAGCAUCCCCGAUCCCCCAGGGUACUCGUCGCAAGCCGUGUCCGGCCCUUCCAAGAAGAAGGAUGCCUCCCGCCCUCCCCCGCGCGAACCCCCUUCCCCCGAACAGAUGGAUCAGCUCAAGCUCAAAAAGGCCUGGGAAGUCGCCCUCGCGCCCGCCAAGAACCUGCCCAUGACGCUCAUCAUGAUGUACAUGUCCGGCAACUCGCUCCAGAUCUUCAGUAUCAUGAUGGUGUUUAUGGCGUUCAAGAACCCCAUCAUGGGUCUGUUGAGCACCAACCAGGCUUUCGAGAGAUUCGAGACGGAUAGCAACAGGGGGUCUAUCUUGCAGGUGAAGGCGGCGUAUGUGCUUAUGCAGGUGUUGGCGUUGGCGGUGGGAGUUUGGAAGAUCAAUAGUAUGGGACUACUACCGUGAGUUAUCCUGGGGAGAAUGUGAAGGGAAGGACUGUGGAAUGAAUGCUAACGUGGUGAUACAGGACAACGAGAUCCGACUGGCUUGCUUGGGAAGUGCGCAGAGAACCGCUGGAACAUGCUAUUCCAGCAUUGUCGUUAUAGGUACCUCGAGGUUAGACGACAAUGUUUGAGGGUGGGACUACGUCUCAACCUCGCUGUUACUAUACACACCCGAAAUAUGCAUAUCACAGCGAUUGGUGCGGUUCAAGAACGAAAACAA